GGAGGAAGAGAAGCGAUGAAGCAGAAGGAAGAAGAGAAAGACAGAGCAGAAGAACAAAAACAGGAUGGAGGAGAACAUAUAGGAGAAGGUUUUCUGGAUUAGGAGAACAUUUAUCUAUUGUUUGGAGUUGGGAGGCCCUGCAGCUGUAAAAUGUGGAUAGAAACCAAAACAGAGGUAGAGGAGGCCAGCAGGAGUCGGGCCAGCUUCAGUCGGCGAGUGCUGGAUGGUCUGAUGUUGUGCACAGGAGAGAUGGAGCACUUGGAUAAGUAUAUCCAGGAAAAGUGGUUAGUGCUGCAGCUGGCUGUGUGGGGGCUGAGAGGGGUGGCCAGAGUGAUUCUGGCCAACAACCCACUGAGCGGCGCUCUGAUCCUGGCUGCCCUGUACUGGGCUUCCCCCUGGCAGGGCCUGCUGGGAACUCUGGGUGUACUGGCCUCAACGCUCACAGCUGUGAUCAUUGGACAGGACAGUGACGACGUGGCAGGAGGUCUUCACGGCUUCAACGGCAUGUUGGUGGCUCUUCUGAUGGGAGUGUUCAGCUCAGCUGGAGACUGGUACUGGUGGCUGCUGCUGCCUGUCUGUCUGGCCUCAGCUACAUGUGUCUUUCUGUUCAGUGGGCUCACAACGUUACUGGACCACUGGGACUUGCCUGCUGCCGUGUUUCCCUUCAACACCAUUAUCGUCCUUUACCUCCUGUGCACUGGAACGAACAACCCUUAUUUUCCUCACAACCCAGUAAUACCCCCAGGGGCAGUAGAUCCUAAUGACACAGCGCUUAUAGCAGUCGAGGUGAUUCGUGGCAUUCCUCUCGGUGUGGGUCAGAUCUACGCUACCGGGGCCCUUGGACCCUCUCUCCUCAUCCUCGGGGCCGUUGUUCUCUACUCCCCGCUGCUGGGCGUCCACGCUGUGCUGGGAUCAGCAGUGGGAACAUUGGCCGGUUUAUCCAUGGCAGUGCGUCAUGACUCACUUUACUCCGGCCUGUUGGGCUUCAACGGUGCUUUGGGCUGCAUGGCCGUUGGAGGACUCUUUUUCACCUUCAGCUGGAGGACCCACCUCUUUGCCAUCGCUAGUGCGUUUCUCUCUGCGUAUUCAGACAUCGCCCUGAGCAACUUGCUAGGAACUGUAAGAAUGCCCACUGCUCUAGGGCUUUCCUUUCUUAAUAAAUUAGCUACUUUCUUUCUUGGACAAUUAAACCUAUGUAAAAUGUGGCUUACGCUGCUAAAGGUGCCAUUCAUACGCCACAUCCCUUCCCUCUGCUUAGGUGGGUCUCCCAGCAUGCAGUUGGGCAGCUACUCUAACAGCCACACUUAUGUUGCUGUUGACUGGAAGCUUAGCAGGAUACCGCGUCCCCAUUGGUCAAGUCAAAGCCCCCGAAUGCAACCUGCGUUUGAGAAGCCAAUGGGAAGCUGGAAACACGGAAGAGAGGGAGAGCACGGAUGUGUAGCGGAAAGUCACGUGCACUUUACACCAACUGGACCAAACACAAGUAGUUUUAUUAUUAAAAAUGGUUAGCUGUGAGUUUUUAUACUGAAUUUUAUAUCGACACAUUUUCUUAAACUGC